GAAAAAAUAUUUCAUGCUCAGUGAUGCAUUUUAUUCAUGGAAGAAAUAACGAAAGUUCGCCAAAUUCAGAAUCUGUUAUAUGCAGGCGAGGAAAUGGUAAAUUUCCACUAAUGAUUUGAACGGUUUAUCGUUAAAUUGUGGAAAAGUCAAACUAUAUCAAUAUGAGAAGAGGAAAGAGUUCCACUAGGUAUCCCCCGGAGCUGGUGACCAAAUAUGCUGUUCAUUUUAUUGUAUCCAAAGGAGGACAACUGACGAUCUCCCAGCUAUUACCUUUGAUUUGUCAGUAUCCUGAACUCAGUGAUUUGGAUAUUAGAAAUUUGCUAAAGAUAUUAGAAGAUUAUCCCAAUGUCUUUGAGCUAGUGGACAACAACAAGAGAGAACCACAUAUCUGGGUCUUCUUAGCGUUUGAAUUGCAAAUAUGCGACCAGCCCAGAAAAUGCGGAGGUUAUCCUGGUUGUAAAGCUCUACACAUCUGCAAAUAUUUCAUUCAAAACAAAUGCCGGGAAAAUCCAGACAGAUGUUUGUUUGGACACUCUUUGCAUUCGCGUCAGAAUCUUCCUAUCCUAGCAGAAUACAGUCUUGAUCAGAUAGAUCCAAUAAAAGUCAAAGAAUGGAUGCAGCAACAACACAACUAUAGGUCUAGAAUUUCUCGUCCGCCUCAAGUCUGCGUCUUCUAUAAUACACAAAGAGGAUGUAAGAACGGCGACAACUGUGAAUUUUUACACCUUUGUAAUUACUUUGUCAAAAGAAGCUGUAAGUUUGGGCCCCGUUGUUCUCGGAGCCAUGCCCUUCUCUCGAAAAAGAAUAUGGAAAUCCUUCGGGAACAUGAUAUAGACCAACUAUCCAGUCCAGAUCAAAUUUUAGGCAUGUUGACCCAGAGUACACAGGACAAGCAAUUUGACACGUUCGAAGGCUAUCUUCGUCCAUAUGCAGAACCUAGCAACAUAUUUUCACAAUCCAAUACGUAUUCUCCUAAUGGUGCCCACCGAUCUUUACGAUUUUCAGGAGCCUCCGAUAUUUCCGAUCGUCAGUGGAACAAGACCGGCCCGAUCUUGGAUGCAGAGGAUGAUAUGACUCCGGGAGAACCAUUCCUGGUUGAAACAAAAUCGGAUUGUAUAAAGCUGCGGUGGAGGCCUGUAUCCCAGUUAUUCUCCGAUCAGGAAUAUCAGAUACAGUACAAGGAAUUGCCUCAUGGACGAUGGAAUAUCUAUAAUCAAUCAAUAUCCUAUGAUUCAACGCGAACUUCCGUGUCGGGUUUGAAGUCACAAUCGUCAUAUUCAUUCCGGAUCCGUGUUAUAGAUGGCAGGAAAGGGAAAGAAUAUCCAUUUAGUCCCGAAAGUCCAGUUUUCGAAACACCAGAAUCUCCGGCUUUGAAGAUGCGAGAUCGUUCCACUUUAUUCAAGUGUGGAAAUCCAAACGUAUUUCGACUGUCUCUGAAAGAGAUUUUAAAAGCAAGAAACAGCAAAGUCAAAUCCAAAAAACUUUCUAUAGGUUCAGAUAGAUUAUUCCUACACGAGAAAACUAUAAUGUUAGUUGGAGCUACCGGAAGUGGAAAAAGCACUCUAAUUGACGGUUUUGCUAAUUAUCUGUUCAAUGUGAACUGGGAAGAUCCUUUUCGAUUCACAUUAGUGGACCUUGAAUACGACGAAAAGAGAAGACUUAGUGACCAGGCAUUAUCCCAGACUGAAUGGAUCACAUGUUACAGCAUUUAUCCAGAUGUAGCAAGCAAAUUAGACUAUGCACUGCACAUAGUGGAUACUCCAGGAUUUGGAGACACAAGAGGAGUUCAACGGGAUCAGGAAAUAAUUGACCAGAUUCGAGAAAUGUUCCUUUUACCAGGAGAUAAAGGAAUGGCUUGCCUCGAUGCCGUCUGCUUUUUGGUGAAAGCUCCAGACGCUCGACUUACAGCAUCUCAGAAAUAUAUUCUGAGCGCCAUUUUGUCUUUGUUUGGAAAAGAUAUGGAAAGUAAUAUAUGUACAUGUAUUACAUUUGCGGAAGCACAAGAACCUCCAGUGUUGGCAUCUUUAGCCAAGUCACGUUUGCCACACAAAACAUAUUUUAAGUUCAAUAACUCCGCUUUGUUUGCUGGCAACGAAGGCAAGGAUAAUCUUGCACAUGGCUUCUGGAAUAUCGGAAAGAAAAGUUUUGACGAUUUUUUCACACACCUGGAUAGAAUGGAAACGAGAAGUCUUCGAUUGACCAAUGAAGUCCUUAAAACGAGACAAGACCUAGAGAACACGAUUCACAAUCUUCAAAGCCUAAUGACAGCGGGAAUAUCUAAAAUAUCUGUCUUAGAUGAAGAAGUGAAGAUUUUCAAGAGCCGUGAAAAAGAGAUACUGGAGAACAAGGAUUUUGUCUACGAGGUCACAGAGCAGGUUCAAGAAAAAGAGGAUAUAUCUGGAAGAGGCCAGCACACGACGAACUGCCUAACCUGCAAUUACACUUGUCAUGAAAAGUGUCUCAUUCCUGAAGAUUCUCAUAAAGAUCAUUGUGUAGCGAUGAGCAGAGAUGGAACUUGUACUCAAUGUCCCGGAAAUUGUCCCUGGCAAGCUCACCACAACACCGCCUAUAUCAUUCGAUGGGUAUCCAAAAAGGUUAAGAAAACUUACCGUGAAAAAUUGCAGCGAUAUACCUCUGCCCAGGAGAAAGUCAGCACGCAGAAACAGGUUCUGGAAAAAAUGGAGAGGGAUAUCAGGUAUCUUGAGAAAGGAAUAGAUACUCUUCUCAAUACGAUAACCGGCUAUAACAACAAGCUCAAGGAAAUCGCCUUGAAUGAGAACCCCAUGAAUACGGCCGAAUACAUAGAGUUAAUGAUUGAAGGCGAGAAAAGGGAAAGAAAGAUUGGGUACGUAGACCGUAUCAGGAUGCUGGAGAAAUGUCGAAAAAAAGCGUUGAUUGGGCAUGAAGCCACAGGUUUCUUACAAAAAGCAAAGCAAACUAGAAGAAGCGCGUCAUCCGAACACAGUGAUAGUCUGAAAAUUCAGUAUGGGUCAGGAUCAUCAGUCAUCAGCAGAAUGCAGUCAUUGGUGAGUAGUAUGUAAACGAAAAUUCAGCAAGACGAAGAUUUCUUUUGCUGUAGAAAAAGAACCUGAUUGUAAAUGAAUUCUGCCGUGUUAUGUACCAUGUGCAUUAUAAACAGUGUCAACAGCCAAGAACGGUAAACUUAUGAAAAGCCAAAGGGGUCAACAUUCUAUUCACGUAACUGCGGAUUUGUAACUACACAAUGCAUAAUUCGUUCAAUGUAAAUGUACAAAUGUUAAAUGAGAUGUAAUGUAAUUUGACAAUUACAGUACUUAUUAAUAGUGCAAUGUCAAUCUAGUGGAUUGGAUUGAUUGUGUAAAUGUUCGUAAUCCACUCGCUGUUGAAUGUUUGUAUCCCAUCACACGUAAUUAGGAGAAAUUUGAUAUACAUGUAUAUCUCACUUGCACUUCGUGUUUUGUUAAUAACACAAUCAAGUCUAUAAAUGAUAAUUAAUUGUUUAUAAUCAUAAAACGCAAAACAAAUGACUGAAGAAUCCUUGCCAUUCAUUAUAAAUCAAUCUGCAUUCCGAGAUCGAAACGCAUAUAUACAAACAUGUCGAUGCAAAGACAAGUUAACUUUCUUCCACGUAUGUGUAGUAUUCUUGUACUGCGUUUUCAAAGCUUGAAAUGUUUGUUUUUUCAAAAAGAUAGUAUACCCCACCAUCAUCAAAAACCAUGUAGGCCUAGCACGUUUCGGAAGCUGCCAUAACGUCAUGAAGGGGCCUAAUCCGUAGCUGUAUAGGUAAACGAUGGCUUGUAUAUUUCUGAGCCGUAGUUGAUUGUUUCGUUUUUACAUCCACCGAGAAUUUUCCAACAUAUUGAGACGUUACCAGCUAUAGAUAAAGUACCACAAUUUAGACAUUUGUUUAGCGCUCAGGGCCGUAGCUGUGAGGGUUCUUUAACGUGCAAACGCCUGUCGCGACACGGUACCUCCGUUUUUAAGGUCAUACCAUGAGCCGUAGUAUAAUGAAAAUAAAGUUCGUGUUUCGUGGACGAUACAGGAUAACGUCCUCGGUCUCGUAAUGUUGUUUGAAAUUAAAAGCAUCGUCUUUUACGUCUCAAAACAUUUUUCCACCGAGAUUAUCCUGCCAGAUCCAUGAAAACACGAACUUUAUUUCUUAAAUAUAUCGACAUGUCAAUUAAGCUCAGAUGAAAGCUGAAAAUAACGAACAGUGAUAAAUUUCAUAGCUCCAGUAACGAAUACAAAAUAAAGAGUUGGGCAAACACGGACCCCUGGAAUACAAGAGGUGUGAUCAGUAAGCAACCCUUGUCGACCGGUCACACCCGCCGUGGAUUCUAUAUCUUGAUCAGGUAAACGGAGUUAUCCGCAGUGUGUUUAAUAAAGUAUUUUAAUAUUCCACUUAAUAUAUAAUAUUCCUCUCAUACUUUUAAUCCAUUCUGACAAGCCCACCGUCUGGCAUAAUAUUCGACAGAAUUUAUAACAUAGAUGACAAAGAUAUAUAUGUUUAUCAUAUAUAGUAGAUAUACAUGUACUGACAAACAAGUUGAUGGUACAGGGAUUUCAACAGUCUCGAUUGAAGUCAGCAUUUCGCAAAAUCUAUGGUCGUUAUAACGAUCUAGUUCGUCAAUACAACCUCGCAUUGGGUCAAAUGCUGUCUGACGUGUUUCAUGCCGAUUGUUAAGCCGUUCUUGGCACACUGAUUUUGACUGCGGAUAACUCUGUUUACCUGAUCAGGAUAUAGGGCUCACGGCGGGUGUGACCGGUCAACAGGGGAUGCUUACUCCUCCUAGGCACCUGAUCCCACCUCUGGUGUGUCCAGGGGUCCGUGUUUGUCCAACUAUAUAUUUUGUAUUGCUUGUAGGAGUUAUGAGAUUGAUCAUUGUUCGUUAUCUUCGCCUUGCAUGUAAUUAUAUGAUACCAUUCGGCAUUAUUAAGACGUCUAAGGUACACUGAAAAUUUAAGUAAAAACUACAUUUUAUGGUAUAACUUUCUUUGUGUGAUAAACUGGUCAAAAAUUUACAUCUUGUACAGAUGAAUCUGCAUGCAUCUCGCAGUCCAUGGUAAACUGUGUAUAUGUGUAUGUAAAAAGGAAUUAAAUCACUUGCCCAAAAUCCUUAUAUUCCUGGACGACUAAACAACCGUACCAGACUCGUUUUUUUUUAUGCAAAAGAAUUUGGAACUGGUGUAUUUCCUAGGUAUAGAUACAUGUAGGAUAUCAUGAGAUUGUCUAAAGUUGAAGUAUUGUAUUGAAGCAUAAAACUCUGUAUUCUUUUGAAACUGAAAACUCUAUAUUUUAUUGAAGUUCUAAUAUAUAGGGUUCACAGCGAAUAUAACCAGUUAACAGGGACGCUUACUCCAUCUGAGCGUGCCCGGGGUCCGUGUUUAUCCUACUCGUAAAUUUGUAUUCUUUAUAGGAAUUUUGGGAUUGAUCACUGUUCUGUUUUCACUUUUUCAUUAAAGUUCUCAACUCUGUGUAUUUUAUUGAAGCUGUAAACUGUGUAUUUUAUUGAAGCUGUAAACUGUGUAUUUUAUUGAAGUGUAAACUGUGUAUUUUAUUGAAGCUGUAAACUCUGUGUAUUUUAUUAAAGCUGUAAACUCUGUAUUUUUUUAAGUCGUAAAUUUGGUGUAUUUAUUGAAACUGUAAAUUCCGUGUAUUUUAUCGAAGCUAUAAACUCUGUGUAUUUUAUUGAAGCUAUAAACUCUGUGUAUCUUAUUAAAGCUGUAAACUCUGUAUUUUAUUAAAGCUAUAAACUCUGUAUUUUAUUGAAGCUGUAAACUGGGGGUUUAAGCUGUAAAUUCCGUGUAUUCUAUUGAAGCAUUAACCUCUAGUAUUUUAUUGAAGCUGUAAAUUCUGUAUUUUUUUUUUUUUACUUUAAACUUUGUGUACUUUAUUGAAGCUGUAAAUGCUAAAAACUGUGUUUUUUAAACUGUAAAUUCCGUGUAUUUUAUUGAAGCAGUAAACUCUGUGUAUUCUAUUGAAGCUGUAAACUCGGUGUAUUAACUGGGGCUUUGAACUCCACAUGCCAUUGAUGUUCCUGAGUCUGUGUAUGUUAUUAAAGAUGUAAAUACUAUCUAAUCUAUUGAUGCUUGUAAAUAAAGCUGUGUUUUUUUAUUGAUGCUCAAAACUCUGUUUUUAUAAUUAAAGAAGCAUUUGGUCUAAUAAACAAAUUUUACAGAUUGA